AUGAUUUGGACUACUUCAAUUGCGGCCUCGUUGCUGGUGACGGGGGCCUAUGCUGGCGUGGGACGAAUGGCGGGCAUGGAACCCAGGAAUGUGGUGGAACCGAGAAUGGAGGAUGAUAUCACACCAAUGCUGGAAAAGAGACAGAGCUCGAUCAACCUGACGCCGAACCAGUCGUCGAUGAACAUGUCACAGUGGAACGCCGAGACUUCAGCAGCAUGUACGACGGCUCUUUCGCAACUCUCAGUCGCAUCGAACCCUUCAGGAACUGCUGUCUGCUACAACAUUCCUAGCCUGGAUACGAACACGGGCACUUUCAUGGCAGAUCUGAGAUUAUUCCAAGUAUCCUCGGCGACUGGAGACUUUUCGAGUAUUCCCCAGCAGAACAUUCAAGUCGAACUUCAAUACAAGGGUGCUUCGGUGUCAAGUGUCAACCAAACAUCGUCAUCAGUAGCUGCACGUGGACUGGAAGCGCGUGCCGUGAACCCUACUCCACUGCAAACCUACUUGUUCGUUGGACAAAUAGAUCAGGCACAGCUUGCCCAGCCAAUGACCAUGGGAGUUCUCGAGGCAUUGAUCAUGCCUACAGUUAGUCUCAAGGGUGUCAACGCCGCAGGCAACACGGUCACUACCAACGUCUCUUCCAACGAGGCCGCCUUUGUGAACGGCAUUUUCUCCAAUGAGGUCAUCAUGUCUGAUCUCGCUCUCGCCCAGCUGGCAGUCAAUGACGUGGUUGCUGGGCUCAAGAAUGGAACCGUCGCCUUUAUUCUGCCGGGCGUCAACAUUCUCAUUUUCCCCGUUGGUCUGGUUGUUACUGGCUUCUGGACUCUGGCCGGAUUUGCCGUUUAUGGCUAUGGCACGUUUCAACGCAUCAGCUACCGCGAGUCGUACAGGUCAAGGAAAGCGAGGGUUGGAAAGUCGAGCACCAUGAGGUUUUGA